GCUAUAUGCACAGUUACUUCCUGGUUACGGACAAGCCAGCCCAAUCACUUCCGGUCGUCUGUCGUCAGGUGAGCUUUCUGUCAGAGCCGGCAAAACCAAAACAAUGACUUUCUACACUCGUUGCCUUCAAGACUUACCCCGUGUCACUAUCAACGAUGUACACCGUCUUAUUAAGGCUUACUCAACCACGGCAUCAAGCAAAAAAGAAAAAGGAUUUAAGCUGUACAUAACCAGCUAUAUUCAUGACUAUGAAGAUUGUUCUCAAAGACUCUAAGCUUGUUGAACUGCUGGCAUGCCAGUGCUCAUGUGUGGCAGGGCUUGCGCUAUGCAAUCAUAUUGCAGCAUUGCUGUACCAAACCUCACAUUACAGCCAACAGGGAGCAAUAGCUGUCCCCCCUACUCACAGCUGUACAGGGUCUGAGCAACAAUGGCACAAACCCAGGACCCAGGGUUUCAAGCCUGGUCCAACAAAUGAGAUGGUAGUGUUGUCAGCUCAGCCCAAGGAGAGAAGAGUGGCUGAAGGAAUCAGGAGUAACUUAUACAAAGGAGCCUGUAACCUGACCUGUGACCUUCCAGACAUGUCAGUCCUUCGGUUGAAUGACAUCUACCAAGGCAUGCCAGGGGAAACUGCUCCACUAAUAACAACCAUGGGAAUAGCAGGGGGUGUACCAUUAGUAGACAGUGCCUUUGGAAAAGUCCAAGAAGGUAGUGUUCUCUCCUACCAUCUUCCAGCAUGGACUCCACCAAUGACAUAUCUACAUGCGACUGCACCACCAAGACCAUCCUUACCUCUUGAUGGUUACUCUUUGGGGCCCUCGGGUGUUGUUUUGUGCUUAACUACCAUCAGCAGCUGCGUAUGA